AUGCUACACACGAUCCGGCAGCUGGCCAGGUUCUCCAAGAAGGCCACCAUCGCCGACACCGCCAAGGUGAUCCAGGACAAGAUCAUGGGGCUCAGCCAGGUCAACGAUGUCAAGGAGUUCGGCUCUGUGAUCUCGAUCGGGGACGGGAUCGCCAGAGUGGUCGGGCUCAACAAGGUGCAGGCCGGCGAGAUGGUCGAGUUCCGCUCCGGAGUGCGGGGCAUGGCCCUCAACUUGGAGACCGACAACGUGGGUGUCGUCAUCUUCGGUAACGACCGAAAUAUCCAGGAGGGGGACACCGUGACGAGGACUGGUGCCAUCGUGGACGUGCCCAUCGGAGAGGAAAUGUUGGGGAGGGUGUUCGACGCCCUCGGCAACCCCAUCGACGGUGAGGGCCCAGUCAAUACCAGCAAGAGGAAGCGGGUGGAAAUAAAGGCGCCGGGCAUCAUUCCCCGGAAGUCGGUCAACGAGCCGAUGCAGAGCGGGCUGAAGGCGGUGGACUGCCUCGUGCCCAUCGGGCGGGGCCAGCGGGAACUGAUCAUCGGUGACCGUCAGACCGGGAAAACUGCCAUCGCCAUCGACACCAUCCUCAACCAAAAGAAGAACUUUGAGACCAACGAGGUGAAGCGCCAGCUGUACUGCGUGUACGUGGCCAUCGGCCAAAAGCGGUCCACCGUGGCCAACAUCUGCAAGACCCUCAAGGACCACGACGCCAUGAAGUACACCAUCGUCGUCGCCGCCACUGCCUCCGAGGCCGCGCCCCUCCAGUUCCUGGCCCCAUAUUCGGGCUGCGCCAUUGCUGAGUUUUUCAGGGAUAACGGGAAACACGCUCUCAUCAUCUACGACGACUUAUCGAAGCAGGCGGUCGCCUACCGGCAGAUGUCUCUGCUGCUCAGGCGUCCUCCCGGGCGCGAGGCCUACCCCGGAGACGUGUUCUACCUGCACUCGCGAUUGCUGGAGCGGGCGGCCAAGCUGAACGACAGCUUCGGAGGCGGGUCGAUGACCGCGCUGCCCGUGAUCGAGACCCAGGCGGGCGACGUGUCGGCCUACAUCCCGACCAACGUGAUUUCGAUCACCGACGGGCAGAUCUUCCUUGAGACCGAGCUGUUCUACAAGGGCAUCCGGCCCGCCAUCAACGUGGGACUGUCCGUCAGCAGAGUCGGCUCCGCUGCCCAGAUCAAGGCCAUGAAGCAGGUCGCAGGCAAACUCAAGCUCGAGCUCGCCCAGUACCGAGAGGUCGCCGCCUUCGCCCAGUUCGGCUCGGAUCUGGAUGCGGCUACCCAGCAGCUGCUGAACCGCGGCGGGCAGCUGACUGAGCUGCUGAAGCAGAAGCAGUUCGUGCCGAUGGCGGCAGAGGAGCAGGUCUGCGUGGUGUUCGCGGGAGUGCGAGGGUUCCUGGACAAGAUGGUGACCAGCGAGAUCUCAAAGUUCGAGGCGAAGUUCCUGACGCACAUGAAGAGCAACCACGCGGGCAUCCUGGAGAACAUCCGGAAGUCGGGACAGCUGUCGGCGGCGGACGAGGCGGAGAUGACCACCAUCCUGACCGCCUUCAUCCCCGAGUGCGGCUGCCAGAUGAAAGCAUGA